GAAGUCCCAGCACGCAAGGCCGCAGCUGCACGAGCGCAUCACGGAGACAUGUGGCGACGCGCCAUUGGAUCUCCUCGACCUCUCAGGCACGCGCCGAGCACUCUCCGCCCCCCUGCUCAAGACCGCCCGAGGAAGCACUACUUCUGCUGCGGCUGGCGGGCGGGUGGCCAUCUGAAGAAGGAAGGGAAGCUGGAGCCGCACGCAUACUGGCCGUUGGAUGCAAAGAUGCUCAAUCGGAGGGCUGGGAAGGGCGGAGAAGGCGGAAAGGGCGGGAAGGACGGGAAGAAGGGACCGCCUGACGCGGGCCCGUGCCCGUUGCCCAAGCCGGAGGAUGCUCAGGCUCACGGGAAUCUGACGGGUGAGCCUGCUUCUAUCUGACGGUUUUAAUCUCUCGGCGUUCCUCCG